UUAUCAUCAACCUUUGAUCCAAAGUCUAUUCCAAUUUCUAAGGUAUAGAAAGUCUGCGAUUGACUGACUAUUAAAAUUUGAUCCAGAGACUUUCGAUUGUUUUCUUUGCUUCUAUAAAUAUACCUUUUUGUUAGCCUCUUCAUAAUAAACACAUCCACAUUUCAAAACCUACCAAGACUCCCAGCGAAUCAACUAACAAUGAGCCACCCCAGCAACCUCUUAGUUCCUGCGCUUCAAACCGAGGAAGAAGCAGAGGAAAAGAGCGUUUGGCGUUUCAGGGGCAGCGACACGGCAGCGAAGGCCUCCAGCGUCACGAUGAGAGUUAUCGUCUACAAGCUCUUUGAUCUCUGCACCCCGAACGUCAAAAAGCCUCUUUUGCCCCUUGCCCACGGCGACCCUUCUGUGUACCCUUGCUUCCGCACCUCCAUCCACCUCGAGAACGCCAUCGUCGACGUCCUCCGCUCCGGCAAGGGUAACUCUUACGGCCCCGCCGCCGGAAUUCUCCCCGCCAGAAAGGCGGUGGCUGAUUACGUGAACCGGGACUUGACGAACAAGGUAACGCCUAGUGAUGUAUUUAUGACCGUCGGAUGCAACCAAGGGAUAGAAGUGGUGAUUCAGUCGCUGGCUCGACCAAACGCUAACAUCCUUCUCCCACGGCCUAGUUACCCUCACUACGAGGCUCGUUCCGUCUACAGUGGGCUCGAGGUCCGCAAGUACGAUCUCCUUCCCGAGAAUGAAUGGGAGAUUGAUCUCCAAGGCAUCGAAGCCAUGGCAGACGAGAACACUGUCGCAAUGGUUAUCAUAAACCCUAACAACCCCUGUGGGAAUGUCUACUCUCACGAUCAUCUCAAGAAGGUGGCCGAGACAGCUCGGAAGCUGGGAAUAAUGGUGAUCACCGACGAAGUUUAUAGCAAAACAAUCUUCGGAGACAAUCCUUUUGUUCCAAUGGGGGAGUUCUCUUCCAUAGCUCCGGUUAUCACUUUGGGCGGUAUUUCGAAAGGAUGGAUUGUUCCUGGUUGGAGAAUCGGCUGGAUCGCUUUGAAUGAUCCACAAGGCAUUUUCAAGUCCACAGGGGUACGUCAAUCGAUCCAGCAGAAUCUUGACAUAACUCCAGACCCUACCACAUUAGUUCAGGUUUCGCUUCCCGAGAUCCUGGAGAAGUCGAAUAAAGAGAUGUUUGCGAAAAAAAAUUCAAUACUGAAACAGAACGUGGAGCUGGUCUGUGAUAGGCUCAUGGACAUUCCCUGUGUGGUCUGCACCAAGAAACCUGAAUCAUGCACUUACUUAUUGACAAAGCUGGAGCUUCCGUUGAUGGAGGACAUAGAAGAUGACAUGGAUUUCUGUAUGAAGCUAGCCAAAGAAGAAAACCUCGUAUUGCUACCAGGAGUGGCUUUGGGAUUGAAGAACUGGGUAAGGAUAACGAUCGGAGUAGAAGCUCAGAUGCUGGAAGAUGCACUUGAGAGACUUCAUCGCUUCUGCCAACGCCAUCUCAAGAAAUCAGAGGCUUCUCUUCAAGCUCUUAAGCUGAGUGACAAUGGCGAAAUCUAAACACCACUCAUCUAUAGACUACACACAUAAAGUUGCAACAUUGUGGUUGAAUAAUCCCAUGAACAUUCUGGUUGAAUAAUCCUAUGAGGGUAAUCAAUAACAAAACCAUGUUUGAUUAAUAUAAAAUCUGAUUCAUUUGUUCAAUUCAAGUCAUCAUCAAUAAUGCUACUUAAAAUGAAAGAUGUCAUCUUUACCGUUAAAAGAGACGGACCCACUUUGCCGCCGUCUAUAUUCAAAAUAAGCAAAGCUUUGUCUUUUUCCUUCUUUUUUUCCUUCAUCAACGGCUAUCUGAUCUACUGUAGCCGGAGAAAGCAGAGACACUCCAACAGACAAAAAAAAAAAGGCUCAGAUGUCGGUGUAGAAGAAGAAUCCCCAAAUCCAUAUCUUCAAGAACCCUAAUAAAUUCCCUAAGAUUCCUCUGCUCUAAUUACUUCAAAUUCGAAAAAUUUAUCCCUUUUUCAAAAACCCAAUACAUAAUGGAUUCUACGCCUCUUUCCCUCCGUUCGGACCCUAGAUCCGCGUCGCGUCUCGCUCGAAUCAGCAACACUCUCGUCAAAACCAACCGAGAAUCGCCGAUUCCGUCUCUCGAUUUGGUUCUAUCGUCUCCGAUGAACAACGAUACUCCUUUCCCAUCACCCGCCUCCCUCUAUUCUCCGUCUUCUCCUGUCACGCUUCGCGAAAUUCUCCUCUUGUCUCCUUCCCCUCUCCGUAAAUCGAGGACCCGUUUGACCAAUCGCUUCGAAAAGGAAGCGGCGGAGGCGGCUGCGGCGGCACGACGGUGCAAGACGAAGGGAGGGCAAAAUGGUCUUUUGGGUUCUGCCUCGCCGAGGAACUGCCGGAGAUCGAGACGGAGAUCGGAGUUGAUGGUGGAAACGAAGGAGGAUAAGGAGCCUAUUGUUGUCUUGACCGAUGAAAAAACCCAGAAACCCAGAAAACACAAGAAGACUGUUCGAUCUAAGAAAGAGAAACACAGCUCGGUUCCUCCGUCACCUUCUCCUUGUCCAUCUUCAGUUCUAAGUGAAGAUGUUUGCCAUGGUGAUUUGGAGCGAAUCAGAGAGAACAUCAGCGAUCUAAUCAUGUGGAGAGAUGCUGCAAAAUCGACACUUUGGUUCGGCUUUGGAUGUAUAUGUUUCCUAUCUUCUUGCUUUGCUAAAGGAUUUAACUUUAGUGUUUUCUCAGCGAUCUCUCAUCUUGGACUUUUGUUUCUUGGGGUAUCGUUUUUGUCAAACACUCUUCGCCAAAGGGUAACUGAAGAAGCCGCACGGAGAGAGCUUAAACUGAGUGAAGAGGAUGUAUUAGGAGUAGCGAAACGAAUGCUUCCCAUCACCAACUUAGCGAUCUCAAAGAUGAGCGAGCUUUUCUCUGGCGAACCAGCAAUGACACUCAAAGUGGCACCCUUCGUUCUGAUUGGAACUGAAUAUGGUUACCUCCUAACAUUCUGGAGGUUAUGUGCUUUUGGUUUCUUCUUCAGCUUCACCGUUCCAAAGCUAUACUCGUGUUAUGCGAGCCAGAUCAACCAAAAAGUUGAGAAUGCACAAAAGAGGAUAGUUGAAGCGUGGGGAAUUUGCACACACAAGAAGUUCGUGGCAGGCUCUAUGAUUACUGCAUUCUGGAACCUGACUAGUCUCAAGAUCCGUUUUUUCACAGUGUUUAUCAUCGUGGUAGUGAUCAGAUACAGACGGCAUAAUCUUCGGUUAGAUUCUGAGGAAGAGGAGAAGCAUCAAGAACAAACUCACAAGGAGCAACAAGAAGAAUCACCGGAGGAAAAGUCACCGUCGCUGCUAUCAACAGAAGAAGAGCAAGCAUUAGUGGUGGUUGCAGAAGCCGAAGCACCAAAGAUGCUUUAGUGUUUUUUUUCUUUUCACCUAAAAAUUUGUGUUUGCAUCAAUGUAUAACUAAAUAGCUAUAAUAAUACUGAGAAUGUAUGUAACGAAAUGUGAUUUGCACGUUAUAAUGUAUGAUUCCUCAAGACAAAACUUUCAUAGGUUUGUGAAAAUUCCUCAACGGUAAUAAGAAUGUUCUCUAUUAGCAAUCA